CUGAUAUAUUUCCCUAUCGCAGACGUCCUCUUGACCGAACGGCCUCAUCCUCUCUCUUUUCACAUACCCCUCUUGUAAUCUGUAGCUCUAGCCCUAGAGGAGCGCUCGCAGUCAUGCCUGGUGGAGGAGUUGUUACCGUCACUGGCACGGCAGAUGUCUCUCGUGUUGAAGCGCCUGUAACUGUCAAGGCCUACCUCAUUGUUGCUUUCGCGGCUUUCGGUGGUAUUUUCUUCGGUUAUGAUACAGGUUGGAUGGGAGGGGUCCUAGGUAUGGACUACUUCAUCAAGCAGUACACUCACAAGGAAUACCCCGACAUCAUUUUCCCAGGAGACACAACAAGCGAUGCGUAUAAGGCCUACAAGAAGGGAUUUGUGAUCCCGCAAUGGGAGCAGUCUUUGACCACGUCAAUUCUCUCGGCUGGUACUUUCUUUGGAGCUAUCAUUGCUGGAGAUGUCGCCGACUUCAUUGGUCGCCGCUUGACUAUCAUUUUGGGGUGUUUCAUCUUUACUGUUGGCGGUAUCCUCGAGACUGCGUCUACCGGCGUUGGUGUCAUGAGUGCCGGCCGUAUCUUUGCUGGUCUUGGUGUUGGUUUCAUUUCUGCCAUUGUUAUCUUGUACAUGUCUGAGAUUGCUCCUAAAAAGGUUCGUGGUGCUAUUGUUGCUGGGUAUCAAUUCUGCAUUACGAUUGGUAUCUUGCUCGCCAACUGCGUUGUCUACGCCACACAGAAGCGCCGUGACACUGGCUCUUAUCGUAUCCCGAUUGCUGUCCAAUUUGCAUGGGCCCUUAUCUUAGGUACUGGUCUUGCAAUUCUCCCCGAAUCUCCUCGUUACUUCGUUAAGAAGGGCAAGCUUGACAAGGCUGCGAAAGCGCUCGCCUCGGUCCGUGGCCAACCCGUUGACUCCGAGUACAUACAGGACGAGCUCGCUGAAAUCAUUGCCAACCACGAAUAUGAGAUGUCGAUCGUUCCCCAAACCAGCUACCUCGGGUCCUGGAUGUCGUGUUUCGAGGGCAAGCUCAGCCAACCAUCCUCCAACCUCCGCCGAACCAUCCUUGGUAUUCUCAUGCAGAUGAUGCAGCAGCUGACCGGUAUCAACUUCAUCUUCUACUUUGGUACCGUCUUCUUCCAGCAGCUCGGCACGAUUUCCAACCCCUUCCUCAUCUCGCUCAUUACUACUCUCGUCAACGUCUUAUCGACUCCCUUCUCUUUUGUCAUGGUUGAGAAGCUCGGUCGCCGCAGGAUCCUCAUCUGGGGCGCCGCAUCUAUGGUUACUAUGCAAUUCAUCGUCGGUAUCAUUGGUGCUACUGCUGGCAAGCAAUCUGCGCACAAUCCCGCUGCUGUGAAGGCUAUGAUUGCCUUUAUUUGUUUGAACAUUGCCUCAUUCGCUACUACCUGGGGUCCAGCUGCCUGGAUCGUAAUUGGUGAAAUCUUCCCUCUCACUAUUCGUUCCCGUGGUGUUGGUCUCUCAACCGCAUCCAACUGGUUCUGGAACUGUAUUAUUGCAGUCAUUACGCCUUACCUUGUUGCCGACCAGCCUCACUCUGCUAAGUUGGGAUCUAAUGUCUUCUUCAUGUGGGGUGGCCUAUGCUGCAUCUCCUUUCUUUUCGCCUUCUUCCUCGUGCCUGAGACUAAAGGCCUCUCCCUCGAACAAGUCGACAAGAUGUUAGAAGAGUCCACCCCUCGCACAUCCAGGAAGUGGAAGCCUCAUAGCACCUUUGCUGCUCAGAUGAACCUAGCUGAGAAGCAUAUUGAGGUUCCCAUCGGGACCGAGACUGUGGAGAGCAAGACGGCUCAGGAGGUUUAAACCUAAAGCUAUAAUCGAGACCUUAAUCAAUAGGAUGAUAGAAUUACGCUGAAUUGAAGGAGUUGGUGAUUUGUAAUGAUCGCCGCUGCGCUGGGUGCAGUAGAGGGUAGUCCAGCAUCGACGUAGUCAAUAG